AUAAUUCAGAUACAUUUGCGUGUCUUGAUUAUGCAUAAUUCAUGGUUUCUUUAUCUUGCAAGCUCCCAAACUGACAGGUCUCUGGAAAACAACCAUGAAACAAGUCCCUGAAUUUCCAGCUGAAAUUGGACGUAGAGGGUGCACCUUUGCGCAGAGCCUGGUUAAUGCUGAGAGGCUCCUCUGGGUGCACAAAGACAGCGGCUCACAGACGAACUUGUUCAGAGUGAACCAGGGACGCUGGGAGGCGAAAUAAACAAUCUCCAGACUCGAAGUAGCCACAGCAGCGCAGUUUUACCCCUUCGAACACGUAAAUCAACCAUCGAUACAACAAAUACAAGAGCGGUGUUGAGGAGGAGAUGGAGGAAGGCCAGCUCAGCUUAGAUGCCCAGCAUCCACCCCAGGACCAGCCCCGAAAAGGAGCACAGCUCCAGACUCCUCCUUCAGCCAAGGCCCCUCUAAACAGCACAGACCAGAAGGAAACCCCGAUGGACAUUCAGGAAAAGGGCGACUCUCCUGCCCACCUGCAGACCAAACCUCUGUGGAAGCCCAUUCCUCCUCUGCUGCCGGAGCCCCACGGCAGUAACAGCAGUCAGACGAGAGACCAGAGCUGCCAGACUGAGGAGCAACUUCAGCACAACAGUCAUGACACAGAUUUUUGUGGGGAGCCAGGAGAUCCUCCUCUGCUCCAGCAGCCACUGCAGACCUCCAAGUCCGGUAUUCAGCAGAUAAUUGAAUGCUUCCGUUCAGGUACCAGCCAGCUGAGGCACAUGCUCCUGAGGGAGGUGGACACCAUCUUUGAGUGUAAACUGUGUCGUAGUUUGUUCAGAGGCCUGCCCAACCUCAUCACUCAUAAAGAGUACUACUGCCUGUCACGGCUGCCUGAACCUGAUGGUGACGACCGUCAGAGUGUAGCCAUGAAGGACUUACUGGACGCCAUAUAUCCCAGAGCUGAACGGUCAGACUAUGUUGUCCGACUUGAGCCCAUCCAGACCACCACGAAAGCUGUGUUCCAGUACCUCACCACAGAGGAGGAGCUGGCCAGAUUUCCAUCACACACCCCAAGUGCCAGAGAGAGCCCUAUCGCUUGGGAAGGAGAACAAGUGGAGGGUGUGGAAAACAGCCAGCCCAGCCAGCCAGGAGGACCAGAGAGCCCGGGACAGGCCCAGAGGAGAUGGGAGGCAGAGGAGGAGAACAAAGAGGAGCAGCCACAACAUGAAGAUGAGGAGUCCACUAGUGGGGUUGAAGAUGUGACAAUCUCUUGUUGUCUGUGCGGUCAGGACUUUAACUCGCGUCGCAGCAUCAGACGUCACUGCCGCAAGAUGCACCAGACCAAACUGGAAGAGCUUCGAAAGUUCACAGAGACGCGCACUGUUCCCACAAGCCUGCUCUCUAUGGUGAAAGAUGUUGGAGGUCGUCAAAGGACUCUCAGCACACCCACCGGUAAAUCCUGCCCAGUGUGCCUCAAAACCUUCGCUACUAAAGCCAACGUUCGUCGUCAUUUCGACGAGGUGCAUCGCGGCCUGCGGAGGGACACGAUCACACCCAGCUUUGCCUCUCGGCCCGGCCAGCCCUUCAAUUUGGAGGCCACGCCCCCCAGGAAGAGCAACAACGCCUCCCCGACACGAGGACACAACUCUAAGUCCACCCCUGUGAACUCUAAAACGACACCUACAAGCCAAAACCAGUCCAAACCUCAAAGUCCAGCUCCAGCUGCUCAACAGGCAAACCCAGCAGUUCGCUGCACGCUCUGCAAGAGGAACUACAGCUCCCAGCUUAUGUUGAAGAGACACAUGCGUAUUGUGCACAAAAUAUACAGCGUCAAAAGUAACAGGAAUGCUCCUACACCAACUCCCUCUACGACUGCAGCCACUCUGAACAGCAGCAGCAGCACUACUGUAACGCCAAGCAACAACAUCAGGGUGAAAGAGGAAGCAGUAGAACCUUCAGAGGAAGACGACGAUGAUGAUGAUGACGACAUCGACAGCAGCCCGGCGCCUUCUCCUAGCGACAGCACUGGAACAGCUAAAGGUGUCUCUGUGGCACACAAACCCAUAAAGGUGAAGGAGGAAGAAGCUCCUCCUCCAAGCCCGAAGAUACCGUUAUCCAUAUCUUCUUCGUCUGCUGCGCGUGCAGGGAACAUGUGCAGCAGUGUCAUCCCUGCAAAAAUGACCAAACUGUCGGUGGGCUUUGACUUCAAGCAGCUCUUUUGCAAACUGUGCAAGCGGCAGUUCAGCUCCCGUCAGAAUCUAACUAAGCACAUCGAGCUGCACACAGAUGGCAACGACAUCUUCAUCAAGUUCUACCGCUGCCCCCUCUGCCGUUAUGAGUCACGCCGCAAACGUGAUGUCCUUCGCCAUGUCACAGUAGUGCACAAGAAGUCGUCGGCAUACCUGGCGAAGAUAAUGCCCAAACUGGAAAGCCGGGCAGUGAAACGGCUCGCCGAGGUCGUUCUGAACAGCACAAACCCAAACAAGAGGACGAGCAGCAGCGUCAAAGAGGAAAUGAACGGACGCCAUGUUUCUUCUUCAUCCUCUUCCUCCUCUCCCUCACCCCCUGCCACCCGCAAGCAAGAGUGCCCACCAGCUCCUCCAGCCGCCACCUCAACUUCUUCCUCCUCUUCUUCUGCCUCUUCUUCCUCUGCCCCGCCUCCUCUUCCUCCUCCUCCUCCUCCUCCUCCUCCUCCUCCUCCUCCUGCACCUGCUCCCACCACCACUCGCAAACAGCAGGACCCCCCUACUCCAGUGUUUACCCCGUCCCCUCCUGUCACCCGCAAACAGGAGAAACAGCAGACCCACCAGCAGCAUCGCCCCAUCAGCCCCCCACUGACCCGCCGCAGCGACAAACACACGCACCAACGCAACUCCUCCUCCAGCAACCAAACCCCACACACCCGACGACACGAUGCACCACCGGAGAGCAGCAGUACAGGGUCGUCUACUGAGGUCAGAGUGACCAGGAACUUCUCGCUCCACGCCUGCGACCAGUGUGGACGAGCCUUCGCCAAGAAGUGGUACCUGGAGUCUCACAAGCGAAGCCAUCGUAAUGCUGCCACAGGAGCAGCCAGCAGGAGGAAAGGAGUCAGCACCCGCUCCAAAUCUCUGGUCUGGUGAAACACAGCACUUCUGAUGGUGUUGAUGAAAGGGAGAGAAACUUGUUGCGAAGAAGCGGUAUGAAAACUUCCAAUUGGGAAAACCAAUGGACGUGUGGAUUGAGCACAAAGCAGAGAUGAAGGAAACAACCAGGAUGCUUGAAGUACAAAGGAUUUUCCCUGUUUGCUUUGGAACCAAAUAUUGUUGGAAUCUGACAUGUUUUUGUAUAGUUACAUUAUGAAGCCAGCCAGCUUGCUGGACGGUGGCGCUGCUAUCAAAAGAGAGAGAUCAGUGACUAGAGGACUGGCUCACUAUUGCUGUAUAUAUCUGUAUUUACUUACAACAGUUUGUAAAUAGAGAUCCAUAUGCAGAGGACUGAUUUGUAUGGCUGAAAAGCCUGACAUAGGGGACAAAGGUGGACCAUGGGAAGGGAGGGAAUCAACAGGAUCAUGGCCUCCGUAGAAAACUGGUAACAAACUUGUUGUCAGUUUGCCAAACCACACAAUAUUUCAAUUUGAUUCAUGCAAACAGUCCACAGUCUUAUUUUGUUGCAUCAACCAAGAGUUGCCAUUUCUGUUAUUACAGGAUGAAAUGUUUAUUAAUGACAGGGUUUGGAUCAAGUGAGAGAAAAAGCCGAGUAUGAUUUCCUUAAAACUGUCUUUUCUCUUAGUCUUUUAGAGACUCAUAUCAAUUGUGUGUUUUCUCAUUUUUUGCCCUGUUUGUUGAACUGCAUGAGGAAAGAGAAUAUAAAAAAAGGAGUUUUCUUUACUUUGACCAAACCCUGUUUAACCUCCAGAUCUUCAGCUAGCUUGUUAGCCUGGUUAAUAGCCUUGUUAAAGGAAAACCAUUAGCCCGAGUCUGUGAGCUGAGUGGGUAAUGCUGGGAAACAAGGCGGCCAUUAAGGAAAAAAGCGACAGUCUUACUCACAGAAUACCAAAAACUCACUUAAGUGACACUAAUUUGGAUGGGCUGAAGGUUAUACAAAGAAUGUAAGCCUUGUGCAGAUGCUUAAUAGAUAUUAAAUAACACUGGCUUUGCGUUAAUUUUCUGCUAAAUAUGGAUUCUUUUUGCAUAUGGCAGCUGACGCUGAGGUGUUCAACCACAGGCGAAACAUUCAAAGUAUCAAAUCAACACUGUUAUUAUCCCUUUAUUGUAAAUCACCUAUGCUAAUGUGUAAGAAUCCAAUUUACAGUGAGCAACUGCACAUAUGAUUACAGACUUUGAAUACAUCUUUAUGCAGAAAGGCUGACAAUAACAGCCAUUCUGAUUAAAAACUGGAACACUUUAUUUUCUUUUUAGUGACUUUAAUUCUUGCAACCAAUCACAGAGCUGCAGCUUCAUGGCUGCAGUGAUUUUGCAAAGCAGUCAUGUCUCGACUGAGGUGAUGAAGCAGCAGGUGUAACAGGAUUGAAGUGACACCAGCUGUUUGGGAAUCUACAUUUUGUGGUGCUAAUCCUGUUAUAAUGAGGCAAAAUGUGGAAACAGACAAACUUUAAAGUUUACAUUAAACAUCAAAUCCUGGGUCUCAACUUUUCUUUACCUUUAAAAUCUCGACUUUUUAACCUAGUUUUCUUCUUCUAAGUGGGCUGCUUUAGUUUAACAGCACCCAGAGGUAGUCUUGAAACACUGGCACACGAUUUAAGAGGAAGACUCUGAGGAAGACCAAAUGUAGAUAUGUCUUAAUAUUGAAAGCCAUGAAAUGGAACAAAACCAGAAGAAAAGGAAAGACCAAACUUUAUUUUUAUAACUGCUGCAACAAGGUCUUGAGAACAUGUAAAUAUGGAUUCAUCCUCGUGGAUGGUAUAAAUAAUAGUUAUAUUAGUCACAAUAGUUACUGACUUGUACUUAACUGUUGGUUGACCAUUUUCUUCAAACAUGUCUGACUCAUUGAUUCUCUGUCCUUGUUUGCAUCGUUCCACGAUUAGUUGUCUUUUUUUGUAACUCGUUCCUUUUGAAGAAAGUUUGUGUUGGAAUGAAGAGAACAGGAAUUGAACCACAGCAUCUUUAUUUGUUAAUCUCUUUUUAUUUCAUCAUCAGUUGUUGAUAUUUCACCUUCUAGAGAAACCCGAGAGGAGUUAGAGGAGCCUUUCAGAUGUGACGAGAAUGUUAAGAACCAACCACUUAAUAAA